GAGGCAACAAUCUAAUCCUCCUCUAUAAAUAUACCCACCAACAAGGAACCAAAUCAAUCAUCAAACUGAAGCUAUUUUCUUCGUUGCUCUGUGAAUUGUGAGUCUUAAGCUUGUGAUCUUUACUAGAAAAAGGAAGGGAAUUGAAAGAUGGGUUAUGCAGUGAAGGCCUGGAUGGUUGCAGCCAGCAUUGGAGCUGUGGAGGCUUUGAAGGACCAAGGGUUUUGCAGAUGGAACUACACUAUAAGGUCACUUCACCAACAUGCCAAGAAUAACCUCAGGACAAUAUCUCAAGCCAACAAGAUCUCUUCUUCUUCUUCUUCUUCUUCUUCUGGUGCUGUAGUCUCUGGUAAAGUGACGGAAUCAAGACAGGCAGAGGAAUCUUUGAGGACAAUCAUGUACCUGAGUUGCUGGGGUCCUAACAACUGAGCCCUAGCUUCCUCUUGCCUGUAGAGUCUUGACAUGGAAAGCACUUCAAGAUUUGGGUCCAUGAGCACAGCUAAUUCCACUGAGAAGCCAUUACUACUUGAAGUGGUUAAUUAUAUUAGGGAUAAUUUUUGUACAUUAUAUAUUGACAGUGUAGUGUGUUAUUGUUGAGAUAAUUACAAGUAAUGGGAAAAAAUCAAUAUUAAAAUA